UGUGAGGAGGGUCUGGCUGUGACGGCGAGCGCCGGGAGGGCGAGUGCGGCCGCUGUGAGCGGGGCCCGCGGGCGUCGCCGCCGCCGCCAUUAUUGUGGGGGGCAAAGCGGCGCAGGCGCACAAGCGACAUGCCCAAGUCAUGUGCUGCCUACAACUGCACCAACAGACAGAGCAAGAACAGGGGCCUGACCUUCCACAGAUUUCCCUUCAGCAAGCCCGACCUCUUUGAAGAAUGGGUGAACAAUGUAGGGAGGGCAGAAUUCCAACCGACCCAGCACACGGUAAUCUGCUCCGAGCACUUCAAACUGGAGUGUUUCAACACGUGGGGCAACCGGAAAAAUUUGAAGCACAAUGCAGUGCCCACAAUCUUUCACUACCCAGAUACCAUGAAGAAACCCCAGGCCAGGAAAAAAUUAAAAUUGACAAGUGAAAUCAAAAGCAAGAUUGAAGUGACUGAGGAAAGAAUUGAAACGUUGCCCACAGUCAACCCAAGUCGAGUGGAGGAAAAGGCACCGGGGCGGAAUCCUGGGGGAGCUCCCUGUUUCGAGGGAGCUGAGGACCACACCUACGCCGCCACCAACCUGGGCAUCAUGAAGAAGAGGCUGUACACGGCGCUGGAGCAGAACGAAAGGCUCCGCAAGAGGCUGAAGGUGAAGCAGGAGGAGAUGAGGAAAAUGGUGAAGAAAUGGCAGGCCUUGAAGGACGAGCUGGAGGAGCUGAGAGCCAGGGACCUGUCACCUGGCUGCGAGACGUACGUGGUGGAGAUAAACCAGCUACAAGACUGCUUAGAAUAAAAGUGCUGCUGUGGAGAGAGAGAAGCCGGUGAGUACAGGAGUGGGGGGGUGGGGGGAGAAGGGCAUUUGUGUGUCCUGACAACAAUCCUGCUACGUGCAAACACUGGACACCAAAUUAUGUGUGAACAACGAAAAUUAAGACUGAGGAAGGCAGAAAAGCCAAAAAAAAUGAUUGUUGUUUCACGUUGACUCCCUCUUGGGCAGAUUCAAAUGAUCCAUUCUCAAGCUGUGGCAAAAACGAAGGACCCACUUUGUCACAGUUUGUACUUGCCGAAACCACCGAGUUAGUCCAAGGAAGGGGGUUUACAGCUGCAAAAGUUAAAACGUUCAACAGGAACCACGUUGAAAGGAAUUCUGGACCCUGGGCCAAAUGGUUUGGUCACAUGGUUGCCGUAAGCAAUUCUAGGAAUCUCCUUCUUGGUGACAAUCUUGUACCUUUGAACUUCAACACACACACUUUAUAAAGAUAAGGCCUCAAUGCUUCGAACAUGUUCUUGGGGUGAAAGAAGCUACGCUGCAUUAACCGUGAACUUAUUUCCUUUUUGUAUUGAUGCGCAGAUGAAGAAUUGCUGUAAGCAGCUGUACUCUUGCUGUGUGGAAAACGCUCGAGUUACACUUCAGUCCGGGUUACGCAAUGUAAUGCACUUUAAUUGUGUGCUUCCGAUUUAAGUUUCGGGUGUUUGAUCUGUCUGAGCAACAUUGAGACGCUAUUGUACGCCAGUGUGGAAUCGAUGCCUCUUGAUAUCACUUUAUAAAAGCAGAGACAUCUGCACUCCAUCUCAUUAACACUGCAGGCUCCGUAUGUAUCUUCAGUUAAAGCCGUGCCUUUCGCCCUUCUCUAAAAGCAAAUUUUAAUCCUCUGUUUAUAACUUUCUAAAAAAUAAUGAAUUCUGUUAUUUUGACCUGACUCUCCCUCUUGGCCAUUCCCUUCAUUUCACAAUCUCAGGCCCACUGCACGACUUUCUCCUCCGUCCCAGCAUCAGUGGCUGAGCUAUCAGCCACCUUCCCAUUCCACAUGCUUGAUCUUGCUGUCUUUAAACCUCUUGAACAAGUCUACUUGUUGACUGUAUCUUGAUCACAUUCGCCUUACUCUUUCUUCCUGAAGAAAGGAUCUUGCUUUGGAGUCCACACCAACCAGCAAAUUGUCCUGCAAAUAAUAAUAAUUCUUGCAUUUGAUACAGCGCCUUUCACGUCAGGAGAACGUCUCAGAAGUGUUUCACUGUAAAGUGUAGCGACUGAAGACCACUUCACAGCCUUUUGGCUGAGAUCAAGUGUAACUAAUUUCAACUCGGUUUGUUAUGGAAGUUGAUAUAGUGCAAGAGGAAAUAUGGAGGUGAUUUAUUGACUUGGUACAGCAUGGAGAUUAACUGGCUUCCCUUUUGGCAGCAGGGAAGUUAGUGUGAGAGGGUGGAUUGUGGUAAUGACUUUGUUGUUUGAGAUGGACAGAGCUGGACUGCGAUUCUCAUACAGCAAUGGUGGCCAAGCCCUGGCCUGAAGUCGCCGACCAGUCCAGGGGAGUCCGUUCAAAAUCAAUGCCUUGUUUCCAGUAGCUACUGAGCAGCCAAAUGAAGAAAUGUUCAAUCAAGAACAUUGAUUUGGUUGGUCACCACUGCCAUCCAGUGUGUGUGCGUGGUUAUGUCAUUGAACUGCUUCAGAAUGAUCUAAUAAAAUGGAGCAAAGACGGUG